AUGUUAGCGCUGAGAAAUGCCUUCAGCCGGAUCAAUAGACAUGACUCAGGUCUUCUGGAAGAGUUGAAGGAGUACAAGCCAGAAGCUGAGGGCGUGGAACACUUGAGGGUCCUGGUUUACGGCCCUGUGGGAGCAGGAAAAUCCAGCCUCAUCAACUCCAUGACCACUGCUCUCAUAGGCAGGAUGGCUAUUCCAGCGGCUGUCAAUAACACCCAGGCAGACGAGGGAAGCUUCACUCUCCAGUACAAAACUCACCGAAUCCGAAAAGGACAAGGAAGUUCCAGGAGUUAUUUUCCUUUUGUCUUCAAUGACAUCAUGGGGCUGGAGAGUGACCAGAGUGUGGGCGUCCGGACUGAAGAUAUCAAACUGGCCAUGAUGGGACACGUGAAGGAGGGCUACAAGUUCAACCAACUGUCUCCACUCUCUCCAAGUGAUAAAUACUACAACCCCAACCCCAGACCAGAUGACAAGGUGCACGUCCUGGUUCUCCUGCUGUCCACCAACUGUCCAGAAACCAACUCCCCCAUGAUUCAGAAAAUGAAGGAGAUUCGACAGGCUGCAAGAGAUUUAGGGAUCCCCCAGAUUGCUGUUGGCACACACAUUGAUGAAAUCUGUGAUCAAAUCGAAAAGGAUGUCAAGAAUGUCUACAUGAGCAAGUCUCUAAAGAAAAAGAUGGAGAUGUUUAGCACUGAGGUGGGAAUCCCGCUGAACUGCAUCAUGGCUCUGAAAAACUACAGCGAGGGGGAGAUGAAAAACAACCCGGACAUGGACACACUCAUCCUCACAGCGCUCAAACACAUUGUCCAAUUUGGAGAUGAUUUCAUCGAAAAGAUGCCAGACACAGCAAAUGGGAUUUAG